CUUUCGGUCAUUCUAGAUCUGAGUUUUGUGAGUCAAAAUUUAUAAAACCCAACAGCGACGCUUCCGUGGUAACAGAGCCAAGUGUCAACACCUCCAAACCUUUUUCCUGCAAAUUUUCCAGCACCAAGACUCGCAACCGAUCUGAAAAUGCCGCAUGUUUUCACCUGUAUCACCAAACCAUGCACUCAACCCACGUGGUAAAUCCCAGAAUUUUAUAAACUAUGGAGCUAAAUUUAGCUUCAAAGGGUAUGCUCAUACACAAAAUCCCACAAAAACCAGUCCUUUUGAUCUCUGCGGUUUGGUUUGCUAAUCACGGUGGAUUCAAUCAGCAACCUUUGACCUUCAGUUUAAUAUCGAGAAAGUUAAAAGGACGUAGCCGGAUACUCUCUCCCCGUGCGCGGUUCGACGAUUUCUCCGACGGAGGCUUGUUUCAAAACAGCUUAGAGACGCAGAUUUUACCCUCAAAGGUCGAGUUGCUCGACCCUAGUCUGCUCGGUAUCUGUCCGGAUCCGCCGGACUGGCCCGAGCGAGACGAGGUUUGUAGGAUAGAUAUCGAGCAGAAAGCGAGAUGUUUCGGAAUCCCGCAUUCGGUUCGGAUGAUAAAGAGGAAGCAAAAGUGGAAAGAGGGUUUCGUGGAUGCAGGGGAGUUUGCAUACUGCUCUGUUAAAAAGGCAUUUUCUUCACUGGUAUUGAUCAUAAGAGAGCUUCAGAGCUACACAUUGGUUAUAAGGGAAGGCUUAAACUGUGAAGAUUUAAUCGAUGCGAUGAACAAGAUGCAAAGGGAUUUGACAUUAACAUUCGUGUGGCUGUUUCAGCAAGUGUUUUCGACAACACCGACUCUUAUGGUCUACGUGAUGCUCCUUUUGGCCAAUUUUUCGGUACAUUCGAUGACUAAUAAGGCCGUUAUGGACAUUAGUCGACAACCGGUCGUGGCUGAAACCGAUAUCAUUGAUGGAGAAUUAGGGAUGUGGAGGUCGAUGGUGGAGGAGGCUUCGAGAAUGCAAGGAGAGGUAUGUUACAAGGUCAUUGAUCAUCAGAUUAGGCAGCAGUUGGUGUCUCCCCUACACGUGCGGCUCGAACCGGACGAUAACGACGAAUCGCGUUUGAAAAUGAACCUCGUUUAUCAGAUGCGUAUAGCUGACGAGCCUGAGAAUUCUCUCUUGCUGUUGAAUUAUGCUCAGUUUCUUUACCUUGUUGUCAAGGACCAUGACAGGGCGGAGGAGUACUUCAAACGUGCAAUUCAGGUCGAACCACAAGAUCCGGAGGCAUUAGAGCAAUACGCGGACUUCUUGUGGAAGGCGAAGAACAACCAACCGGAGGCCGAAGAACGGUACCUGGAGGCAAUCAAGGCCGACCUGAAAAACCCGUUCCGAGCAUCCAAGUACGCCUAUUUUCUAUGGGGAACUGGUGGUGAAGGAACCUGUUUUCCUCUCAGCUAAAGAUUAUGUUAAUAGCAAUAAGUGUUUUCAUUUUCAUGGGUUAUCGUUGUUUAUCUGUUGCUAUUGAAUUUCAGAUGAGACACGUAACCUUAAUGUAUUUCGGUCCAACAACUUGACAUUAAUGAGU